AUGUCACCCCCAUCUGCUGUCGGAACCGUUUCUGCUACCAAGACUGUUGCUCAGGAUGGUGGCGAAAAGCAACUUCUUGAAAAACUGGGCAAAUUGCAUCUCAACUAUGGUGGUCCAGGUGGAACCUACGCUAAUUUUGAUACUCAUUUCUACAAAGACCAAGAUGAAUAUUCAGAGGAUGGUGUCUUGAGAAUUCAUCCAAAAUACAGAUCUAAGGCUCAAUAUCCUGAAUUUUUACCAACCUGGGACCCCAAGGAAAGAUAUCCACCACUCACUUUCCAUAAGUACGACGACCCAGCAUUGAGAGCCAAUGAACAGUUGGUUAACUUGUUCCCUAAAGGUGCCGAUGUCGAAACCAAGAGAAUCACUCCUAAGUUGGGUACUGAGGUCAAAGGUAUCCAAUUGUCUCAAUUGUCUCCUGAGGGUAAGGACGAGUUGGCUUUGUUAGUGGCUCAAAGAGGUAUUGUCGUCUUUAGAAACCAAGAUUUUGCUAAACACGGCCCUGAAUUUGCAGUGGAAUACGGUAAAUAUUUUGGUAAGCUGCACAUCCAUCAAACAAGUGGUCAUCCAGAAACUGCACCAGAACUGCACGUUACCUACCGCAGACCAGACCAUGCUGAAUUUGAAAGAGUCUUUGAAGAUAGUCACACUUCUAUCGGCUGGCAUACCGACGUCUCUUAUGAAUUGCAACCUCCAUCUUAUACUUUCUUCAGUGUUCUACAAGGCCCUGAGGGCGGUGGUGACACUUUGUUUGCCGAUUCUGUGGAAGCCUACGAAAGAUUAUCACCAACUUUGAAGCAAUUCUUGGAAGGUUUGCACGUUAUUCAUAGCAGUGUGGAACAAGCUCAAAAUUCAAAAUUACAAGGUGGUAUUCAAAGAAGAGAACCAACCGGCCACAUCCAUCCCUUGAUUCGUUGGCACCCUGUUUUGAAGAGAAAGUCUCUCUACGUUAACAAGGCUUUCUCAAGAAGAAUUGUGGAGUUGAAGAAACCAGAAUCGGAUCUGUUGUUAAACUUCCUAUACUCUUUGUUCAACAACGCCUUGGAUUUACAACUAAGGGCAUACUGGGAACCCGAUACUGUUGCCAUCUGGGAUAAUAGAAGGACGAUCCACUCUGCAGUUAUCGAUUGGGAGGAACCCGUUAACAGACACGCUUUCCGUAUCACACCACAGGCCGAAAGACCUAUAGAAAGUCCUGAAUUUUACAAUGAUCCAAACUACUUUCCACAAGAAGUUACAAAAUAUUAA